AUGGCUACGCUUUUGACGCGAAACUAUUUUUCAUUUUUGCGAAUAAAGCGCGACUUUCGCCGGCAGCCAUCGGGCGGGAUUUCCACGUGGUGCAACGACGGAUGGAAAUGUGGAAAAAGGAUUCUAAGGAAUUGUUUGGGCGUACUGAUCGGCGCGGGUACCACCUGCGGAACGUUGUUAUACAUUCUGGACCGAUCGGUUCAAGCGAUGGGCCACGACGCACACCUGCCCAGCUAUCCCUGGGACUUUGAUGGAUUCUUCUCGUGCCUGGACCACGCGGCCGUGCGACGGGGCUGGCAGGUCUACAAAACCUUGUGUCACACGUGCCACAGCCUGCGCUACGUGCAAUUCAUAAAUCUGAUCGACGUGUCGCACACGAGGGACGAGGUCAAGGCCAUUGCUGCCGAGUACGAGGUUGAGGAUGGACCAGACGAAGAGGGAAAUUACUACACGAGACCUGGAAAAUUAUCUGAUUUAUUACCGUCCCCAUAUCCAAACGAGGAAGCUGCUAGGGCGGCCAAUUUCGGGGCGUACCCACCGGAUUUGACUCACAUUAUUCUUGCUAGGAGAAACGGUAGAAAUUACUUAUUUUCUAUGUUAACGGGAUGGAUGGAGCCGCCAGCAGGAGUGUCUUUAACCGAGCAGCAAUACUUUAACAUUUACUUUCCCGGAAAUGUAAUCAAUAUGCCACAGAUGUUAAGUGACGGUGCGGUGGAAUACGACGAUGGUACUCCAUCAACAACAUCGCAAAUGGCGAAGGACUUAGUCGAAUUUUUAAGCUGGACAUCCUCGCAAAAUCUCGACGAACGAAAACGGAUGUUCGUCAAGGGAACAGGAAUCUUUAUCAUAUUAUUGGCUUCGCUUAUUUAUCAUAUGAGAUUUGUUUGGUCGCACUUAAGAAGCAGACAGAUUGCAUAUGUGCCCAAAGAAAAGUAAAUUAAAAAAUAUUCUCACAAAAGAUUUCCAAUGAUAAUUCAAAUAAA